GCUGUGGGACCUUGGUCUAGAUAGCUGAAGCGGAUUCAGUUGGGUUGUUUUGUCGGGGGCUCCUUCAACCCAACAAAUCCCAGAGCAAGGACUACUUUUACCUUUCCUGCUCACGGGGAGAUCAUGGCUCGGGCCCCCAGCGUUAGAGGGCCACUUGUGGUUCUGCUUCUGCAACUUGUCCUUAUCUGCUCCGCUCAAAGGGGCCAAGGACCUGCUGGCCCUCCUGGACCUGCAGGUGUCCCAGGAAUUGAUGGCAUUGCUGGGGAAAGGGGAGCCGAUGGCGAGGAUGGUCUUCCUGGACCUGAUGGAGAUGCAGGUAAACCCGGCUCUUCAGGAUUACCCGGAAUUCCUGGAAAUGAUGGUUUGACGGGCCCUAUUGGAGAUCCUGGGCCCGACGGUCCCCCCGGACAGAAAGGUGAACCUGGAAAACCUGGACCUCGUGGAGCAGCUGGUGUUGGGCCAGAUGGACCCCCCGGACCACCCGGGCCUGGAGGACUUUCAGGUGAAGUGGGAAAAGCUGGACCACUUGGGGCCAUGGGUGUGAGAGGGCCACAGGGACCCCGUGGACCAACAGGGCCCAGAGGUGCAGCUGGAAUGCUAGGCAGUGCCGACCUGUGUCCAAACUCUUGUCCGUCUGGGACCUCUGGACAUCCUGGUCUUCCUGGCAUGAAGGGCCACAAAGGUGUAAAAGGGGAAGCAGGAGAACCUGGGAAACAAGGGCACAAGGGUGAGGAGGGAGACCAGGGAAGUCCAGGGGAGGUCGGAGCUCAAGGACCAAUGGGUCCUCAGGGAAUUCGUGGAGCCACAGGAAUGAUGGGCCCCAAGGGAGAGAUGGGAGCUCGAGGUCUCGAUGGAGAUCCAGGUCCCCAGGGUGUUGCAGGGGCAACUGGGGAUCGAGGCCAGAGAGGCGUGAUGGGCGAGCUUGGACCUAAAGGUGAAACGGGUAUUCAAGGGAAGAGAGGAAUCACAGGUCUUCCAGGUCCCAAGGGAGAGGCUGGCUUACCGGGUGUGGACGGUCGCGAGGGUAUUCCAGGGAUGCCCGGAGCAAAGGGAGACAUUGGGAAGGCAGGAGUUCCUGGAGAGGUCGGACUUCAGGGGCUUCCUGGUUUGCCUGGUUCACCUGGACCAAAAGGCUUGAGUGGCCCUAAGGGAGAUGCCGGUCUAUCAGGCCUUUCUGGAACAAUGGGACCUGCUGGCAAAACAGGUGAGCGCGGAGAACAGGGAGAGGUGGGACCUGUUGGACCUAUUGGUGAACCUGGAGAUAUAGGACAGCAAGGCCCUUUGGGUCCAGCCGGCAAGCCAGGUGCCAGGGGACCCAAAGGUGACCCCGGCCUUCCUGGUCUCCCUGGUCCUGCUGGCCUGCCCGGGGUGAAAGGAGAGAGGGGAGAACGUGGAGAAGCAGGACCCAAAGGAGAGCAGGGAGUACAAGGUGAAGAGGGAAGCCCUGGAGACAAAGGGGAUGUUGGUGAGUCAGGAGAACCUGGACCUAAAGGAGAGGUCGGUAACAUUGGCGAGCCUGGCAGACGAGGUCCUGAGGGAAGCAGAGGCCAGCCUGGCAUUGAGGGGCCGCCCGGCACACCUGGACCUCGGGGCAUGCAGGGGAACAGGGGUCUACCUGGAGUCAGAGGGUCCCAGGGUCCUGCGGGUAAAGAGCCAAGUGAUCAGCACAUCAAGCAAGUUUGCAUGCGAGUCAUGCAAGAACAGCUGGCCCAGUUAGCUGCUAGUUUACGGAGGCCAGAGUCUGGCGUUGCUGGUUUACCUGGAAAACCUGGACCUCCAGGGCCUCCUGGGACCCCGGGAGAUAAUGGCUUCCCUGGGCAGGCUGGAGCAAGAGGCCUUCCAGGACUCAAAGGGCCACCAGGAAUUAUAGGAGCAAAAGGACCUAAAGGUGAAAUGGGAGACAGAGGCUCCAGAGGGCCCACUGUGCGAGGACCUAAAGGUCAACCAGGAGCUCCUGGACUUCCUGGUGAGCCAGGCAAACCUGGCUACGGUCAGGACGGUCGGGACGGGCAGAGGGGUCCUCCUGGCGUUCCUGGACAGCCCGGUGUACCUGGGCCUCCCGGUGCAGCUGGUCCUAAUGGUUACUGUGACCCGUCAGCCUGCAACCUCCAGGCAGGGGCCGCCCACCAGUCUCUGGAUGUGAAGGGACCUGCUGGGAACUAAGAGCCACUCUGGCAGAGACAGAAAGACUGUUGGAUUAGCUCCCCUGAGCACACAACAUUUUUCACACUGUCUUCCAAGGGGGCCGUGGUUGGUGUGGCACCUUCGAUCCAUUAACCUCUAGUUUUGUGAGCAUGCUUUGUGCCAGCCACAUCUCCAUCAGAUGGAGCCAGCCUGUUCAAGCUGACACACAAAACAUUUUUAUGUGCUGCAAAAAUCUAGCUUGUUCUAGUGUGUUUUUCUACCUGAGAGAUGUUUUGAUAUUUUCAGGAAGGUGUGCUCACAUUUCUGAGACGAUAUGAAAUGACCGGAAAUGUUUGUUUAUCCCACUCUCCUUGUACCUUUGCCUGCAUUUUCUUCUUUGUUUUCUCCAUUUACACUAUUUUCUUGAAUAAAAGCUCCUCCUUUCUCACAGAACAUUUCACAUAAUCCCCCAAAGCAAUUCGGGAUCAGGAUUUUGUUUAGUUCAAGUGCCUUUUUUAAUUGUUUUGUUCUGUAUGUGCUAAUGUACCAAAGAUAAACCAGCUAAAACCCUCUUUUUUAACGUCUUUUCAGCCCGCAGUUCAAAAUAAAAAGGAGAGAGGAUGAAAAUGUCAUCAAGUCACACUGACUUCAGUUUAUGUUGUAAAUCUGUAAAAAAAAUGUUUGAAUUGUGGUUAAUUAUAUUUCCUACAAAACAACCUGAUGUGAGAUUUUGCCUCAUUGUACAGAAUGACAACAGAGUGCAGUCAUGCAUAUAUGGAAAUAUAUCUUAGGGAUGAGGGAGACCUUCAGUAAUGUUAAAAAUAAAGAAAACAACUCGU